GAAGAUGGAGAAGAAGAAGAAGAUGAAACUACACCUAGUGCUUGACUUGGAUCAGACGCUUCUCCACUAUGUCCCUGUUUCAGAGCUUUCUGAUAAAGAAAAAUAUAUAAUGCAAGAACUUGAUUCAAGGGGUGAUCUACUGAGUUCGUUUAACGGAGGAACUCCCAGGCAUCUGAUAAAGUUACGACCUUUCCUCCGCGAGUUUCUGAAAGAAGCCAACAAGCUUUUCCGCAUGCACGUUUACACGAUGGGCACGUACGGCUACGCGCGGUAUAUAUUGAGUGAGAUUGAUCCUGGUAAAAGAUAUUUUGGAAAUAGAGUCAUAACCAGAGAGAAAUCCCCUCAUAACAAGACUCUUGAUCGUAUCUCUGCUGAUCAACGAAGAGUGGUUAUUGUUGAUGAUAAUGCUAGUGCUUGGCCUCAACACAAGCCAAACUUGGUGCAGGUCAAACAGUACAUUUAUUUCAGAUACCAGAUGACGAAUAAUGAUUCGGAAGAAGAAUUUUACUCUCACGCAGAGAAGAAGAGCGACGAGAGUCGAAGCAAUGGAUCAUUGUCUAAGGUUCUCAAAAUCCUUCAGAAAGCUCACACAAGAUUCCAACAAGAAGAGGAUUCUUACGACUUGAGGCUUUUGAUACGUGACUGAUCCUCCUCCUUGCACACACACACACACACCACU